AUGGUUUUUGACACAUGGAGCGACGUUGAGAAUAUGUACAAGUCUUAUGCUGAGAGGUCUGGGUUUUCUACACGUUUGGGUGCCAUGAAGAAAAAUGGAACUGUUGUUACACAUAUGUAUAUGCAAUGUACCAGAUCCAGUAAACCUAAGCAAACACAACUUGAAUCGAUGGACCCUAGUGCUUUUAAAGUAUCUCGAAGUAGCAGCUACAAAGUUACUGACUGCAGGGCGCGGCUAAAGCUUAAAGCUAUCUCAGGCACUACAAAAUUCUUCAUUUAUGGUUUUAUUGAAGCUCAUAAUCAUGGAUUGGUCGACAAGGACAAUCUAGACUUUACCAGAAAAAGGAAGAAACUUAUUUAUGACGACCAGAGGUUCAUUCACAAACUAAGCUUGAACAAAAUUGGCCCUAAUGUCGCGCAUAAGAUUCGAGCUUCGUUAAAGGGUGGGCACCAUAAUGUACAAGGAACUGUAGUAGAAUUCAAAAAUUUCACUAGAGAUCUACGGUCUUUUAUCGGCAAGAAGGAUGCACAAAUGGUUGUUGAUACGUUAAAAGCUCGUAUGAUAAACCUGCCAAAUUUCUUUUUUGAAUGUGUGGUGGUUGACAGUGAGUUAAGAUCAUUGUUCUGGGCUGAUGACGUAUCCAAAUGCAAUUACGAAGCCUUCGAAGAUGUGUAUAACAUGAUAUUUGUUCCGUUUACCGGUGUCGAUUACCAUAAAAAGUGUGUCACAUUUGGUGCUGGGCUAUUAUACGAUGAAACAAUUGGUUCUUACACGUGGUUGCUUACCACAUUCCUUAAAGCUCAUAACAAUAAGCAACCAACGUUGGUGUUGACCGAUCAGGAUGCUGCGAUGAAACAAGCAGUUUCUGGUGUAUUCAAUAAAUCUAUUCACCGGCUGUGUAUGUGGCAUAUUGUAAGGAAAAUUCCUGCAAAGAUUGCAGGUGAUUGA